GCCCGGCUCCUCCUCGCCCCUCGAGGAUUGGCCGCGGCUCUUCUCGCUCUGAUCUGCGCUGUCAGUCACGCGCCUCUCGGCUCUUCCUGGUGGUGGCUGUAGGGGCGUGAGCGGCUGCGGCGGCGCAGGUUCGGGAGAAAGGAAGAUGGAUCCCUAACUGGGGCCGUGACAGUUCCCGGAGCGGCUUUCGUGGGCCUCCAAGGAGUGCUGGAGGGGCAGACUGUCCGAUGAAGACGGAAGCUGCUUUGCUGUUCCCCCUUGAGCUACAGCUUCCUAUGCCAUGAGUAACACAACUAUGCCCACCUCUGCUGGGCCGCCCAACGACUCCUUGGUGGGCUACGUUCUGGUGCCAUUUUUUCUUAUCACUGUUAUUGGAGUCAUCGUAGCUGUGAUGAUGUACAUUCAGAAGAAGAGAAGGUAUGACCGGUUACGCCAUCACUUGCUGCCGAUGUACAGCUAUGAUCCUACAGAGGAGCUCCAUGAGGCUGAGCAGGAGCUUCUGGUGGAGCCAGAAGACACAAAGGUGAUGCGAGCCUGGGGAGGAUACCAACCUUACCGCCCUUCUUUUAUGGACGUGAAAGCUUAAUGCUGCUCAGCUCAGACUGACGACAAGUUGUGGACACAUGACCUAAUCUACUUGGCAUGCAUGCCAACUUUAAGUACUCUCAAGGGCCGUUAAUUUUGAACCUACUGCCUUUCUUUCCACUGGAGAACUGUGUCCUCUUGCCUAGGUUCCUAGUGAGGGAGGUGAGUAGGUGCAGGUCCUGCUGCUGACAUACUUGCCCAUGAAGAUUUCAUGCACAGAGCAGCCUAGAGAGUUGCACGUUUGGAUCUGGAAAAGCUCUGGCUUGGCAUGGCAAUCCUGUUUCAUUUGAGAUGGAUGUAGGUGGAGGUCCUGAAGCUCCUGAAACUUCAGGUAAAAUGGUACUUUUGUACUAUGAACUAGUCCCGAAAGGCUCAGCUUUAUGAGAAACAAACAAAACCCAACUGACCUCUGCUUCCUUUUGUGACAGCAGUCUCAUAGCCGCAGCAGUUAUGACAUUACAGUGCAAUUGCUUAAAUGCCAGCUAUCCUAAAUGUCUUCAUACAUAAUGAGUACAUCACUUGGUUGCUGGGUUCCCGUGAUGUGCUCCUCUACAGAGGCAGGGAAAGUGAACAAGUUGCACAGCUAAUCUUUUUUUGGGGGGAGGGGGAGGUGUUGUUAAUAGUAUUAUAUCCUUCAUUUUACAGUUGGAAAUGUGUGGUAAUGAACAUGUGCCCAAAAGUGUAUCCAGGGGGUGCAGUUUUGCUGGGAGCACCGUGCAGGGAGCACAGGGUUGGCGAACCUGUGGCUCUCCAGAGGUUGUUGGACUCCCAUCAUCCCCAGCCAGUUUGGCCCAGUGAUCAAUGAUGAUGGAAGUGGUACCCCAUCAACCUUUGGAAGGUCACAGAUUCCUUCUCCCUAGUUAGUAUGUCAAUUAGGAGGGGCCUUAAUAUUUUUCUUCAACCAAACGUUUUAAGUUGAGUUGGGUACUUCUUUCUACAAUGACGAUUUUGUAUCUGGGCGCUUGUCUUUGUUUUGUAAAUAAAGUUCGCCUUGAACAGGAGCAUCUCUGGCAAAACGUCAAGCUUUUCCUGUAGCCUGUAAUGCUUUAUAACUUACUUUUAACCCAACGACAGUGGCUUAAGCAAGCACUGGGGCCAAGAUACGUUGCUGGUCUUGCCGAAGCAGAAAACACAUUGCCAUUGAUUGGCUGCCAAGCUGGGAACUAGCUAUUGAACGUAAUCUAUUGGCAUGAUUAAGAGCUUCACAGGUGACUUGGGCAAUACAUGUAUUUGAACUGUUUUCUUUGCCUUUCUCUUUCCCCAACAAACAGUGUUUCAAUCUUCAGCUUUCUGGGUAUCCACUAUGGUCUUCCUUGUAUGCAACCUGUACUAGAGAGCAAGGCUGGUGCUCUAGGACCCUGCAGUGCAAAUGUCUUGACACAUAAUGAUGCCUUUUUUGGUUCUAGAUAAUUUCUAGCUGUCAAGAGAAAAACAAAGUCUGUGGAUGUGGAAAUAAAGAGACUUUAAUUUGCACA